CACAACACAGACGUGUUUAACGUCAACACUUAACUCUUCACACUCUGUUGAUAAUGUUGGUUCAUUGUUUUUAUGUUUUAUGUUUACAUUCUGGCAGAUCCUACACAUUCAAUCUUUAAAUUCAAAAUAUACAAACAACUCUAAAUGACUUCCUGAUAUUCCAGUUGCUUGAUAUUUGUUCAUGACUCAUCAAGAAUUUUGUAAUUACCAUUUUCUAGUCAAUACUUCCAUGUCUGAGUUGGCUGCUCAGUUCAGACGCACAGGAGGAGAAGUUCCCCUUGAUGUCUCCUCGGAAACCCAAAUGAAGGGUCUGUUCAUCUGCCAGGUGUGUAUGAUGGGUUUCAUGGUCUGGAUGUUUGUAGACGUCAAGACAAAUGUUGCUGUUCUUGUGGAAGAGGCUGAAAUUCAGCAGAUGAUCCAUAAGCGAGAACUGAAGAUUCAGGAGAUUAAACACUCAGUGGAGCUCAGUAAGAAAAAUGAUGAGUCUGUUGAGAGAAGCCUAAACAAGCUCAUCAAGACGAUCAAAGAGAAGCAGAGAGAGACGGAGAAACAGGCUGAACGCUUCAUCAAAGAGCUGGAGCAGGAAGUCUCUGAGCUGAAGAAGAGAAGCACUGAGGUGGACUCUCACGCAGCUAAAAAUGUUCUCCACCUCCUCCAAAGCUUCAUGUCACUGAACGCUGCUCCACCCACCAAGGACUGGACAGAAGUCAGCGUCCAUCCACCUUCAUAUGAGGGGACUGUGAGGAGAGCUGUGAGUCAGCUGGAGGAGACGCUCAGUGAACUGUUCACUGAGGUCGAGCUGAAGAGGGUCCAGCAGUCUGCAGUGGAUGUGACACUCGACCUUCAUACAGCACAUCCCAAACUCAUCCUGUCUGAUGAUGGAAAACAAGUUAAACAUGGUGAUGUGAGGAAGAGUCUCCCAGACAAUCCAGAGAGAUUUAAUACUUGUGUUUGUGUUUUAGCAAAGCAGAGUUUCUCUUCAGGAAGAUUUUAUUACGAGGUUCAGGUUAAAGGGAAGACUGGGUGGAGGUUAGGAGUGGUCAGAGAGUCCAUCAACAGGAAGGGAGACAUCCCAGCGUCUCCUCAGAAUGGUUACUGGACGAUACGUUUGAGGAAUGUAAAUAAGUACACAGCUUCUGCUGACCCUGCAGUCACUCUCUCUCUGGAAGUCGAGCCUGAGAAGGUGGGGGUGUUUGUGGAUUAUGAGGAGGGUCUGGUCUCCUUUUAUGAUGUUGAUGCUGCAGCUCUGAUCUACUCCUUUACUGGCUGCACAUUCACUGAGAAACUCUACCCAUACUUCUGUCCUUAUCUUAAUGAUGGUGGUAAAAACUCCGCCCCUCUGAUCAUCUCACCUGUCAAUCACAAUGAGUAGAACAACCAUUUGAUUUUCUACAAACAGAUUUAGCAUCACUUAAUGUGAGAACAUUACGCAUUUAUUAGUACUAUGUUCUUCCUAUGAUUACUUUUCUAUAUAUAUACUAUCUUCAUAUGCUUGUUUGGUCAUUUUUUUGCAGAUUCCUAAAUUCCUUGAUAGUUUCAUAACAUACACAACAAAACAAUGAAAUUACAGCAAUAUCUAUAAAAACAUUCAUCUUUAACUUUGUUUAAUGCGUUAUUGUGUGUUUUGUCUCUUUUGUGUGUUUGUGUGGGAGACGAAUCGAGAACAUAAAGAAUAAGCAGAUGAAAUAUUGAUGGUAAAUUUAA